AGGUCAAGGAGCAGUUAUAAUUACAAUCUACAACUUUAUCAUUAGCCUUGCAUGGCUCUUCAUGCAAUACAAUAUUUGGUUUAAGUGGUGCUCCAGUAUGCUUGGUACUCCAGCCGUCUGAUAGCUAAAAUAAUGCCAAGGAAUGACUUUGCAAAUAACUCUGAAUCAAUUCAAAUCGUGCAUCAGUUGAUGAAGAUCUAUGAAGAAUCAAAUUUAUGUUAAAACGAUUUAGUAGCAUAGAUCGCGGUAAGGCUCUAAACAGUACAUACAACAAUCACAUUUCCUUAUAUUAUAAUCACAGACGUAAUAACCGUUUUGCCUUGACUCUUUGUCCGCAAGGCUAAGUCUAGGUCUGCGAUGUUGUUAGCCCAUGUUCAUAUUAUUAUAAUUACUCUGGCUCCAGGUAUUUUGAACGUGUCGUAAUUAAUCAAUUUACAAUAUUAGUUCUUGAAAUUUAUUGGCAGACACUCUUAUUUAUGUCUGUCAUUUAAAUCUUGGUUCCAGGUGAAAACUGUUGAUAAGCGAAAACUGAUUAUUGUAAAAAAGCUGUAACGUCCAAAAAAGUUGCGAAACGUGAGCGGGAGUUGGCCAGCGAUGCCAUUUCGUGCUCUCAAUGAUUCGGACAAUGUGACAUAGCGUUCAGGCGGUUGGUAGGAAAAAUCAAGGGUGAACACUUCAUACCUUUUCCAUGGCCACGGUAAGAGUAAACCCACCAGAAUCGAUCAAUUGACUCUGAUCUAGGCCAUGGAAGAGACUUUCGGUGUGUAUGGGAGAAUAAUAAAAAUAGCUUUAUUCAGCGCCUGAAACAGCAUUACCACCUUGGAUACAUACAUUUUGCUACGAUAAUACUCUGUUCAAAUUGAGUUUGUGCUUGUUUCAAUGUAAGUAAUACGUGCCAACAUUUCAGGCGGCUGUUGAUUAGUGAUUGUUUUAUAUUGAUUGGUCGUAUGGUUAAAACCUUUUUGAGGUUUAUUGUGCAUUUACUGUUGAAAUUAAGUAAUCAUGAGUUAGAAUCUACAGAGAGACCUAAAAAAUUGGCUAUCGAUACAGCAAGCAAAGUCAAAACUCAACUUAAGCCCUUAGUUGAACCAAAAAUAUUACUUUUAGAAAAUCCUAAAUAAAAUGAACACAAUAAAACGAACUACAACAUAAUCACAAAUACUACGUACUUACGCGAUCUCACAGUUUAAGUUGUCGAGCUCGCUUUAUUCCAAUAGUUAUAGAGUCUAUUUUUGAAUGUCAUUUAUCAAUGCUCCUCUUAUUCACAUUUAAAUCUGAUACGCAUUGACCUUUUUUGCUUUGAAAAUAAUAGUUCGUACAAUGUUAUAUAAAUAGACAACCGCGAGAGUUAUUUAGUGUAGUCUAGCUAGCAAGGCCGUUUGCAAAACAUACAUUGUAACUAUCAAUUCUAAUCCGUGUUAUUAGACUAUUGUUUCAAUCAGGAUCAUGAGUUUUAACGACAAAGUGGUCAUUGUGACUGGGGGGAGCUCGGGUAUUGGAGCCGCCAUUGCCAUCAAAUUUUCUUCCCUUGGCGCAAAAAUCACAAUUGUUGGACGCAACGAGCAAAAACUUCAUGCAGUAGCAAAGAAGUGCGAAAAUCCUUUAAUACUAAUUGCUGACGUCACCAAAGAAAACGAUAUGAAGAAAAUUGUCAACGACACAGUUAAACAUUUUGGAAAACUUGAUAUCCUGGUCAACAAUGCUGGAAUUGCGCGCAAUACAAGCAUCCUAAAUGAAAACGCAAUGGCUGACUACGACCAAGUGAUGGCUACUAAUAUCCGCUCCUGUGUAUAUCUUACUCAUUUAUCUGCACCCCAUAUAAUAAAAACAAAAGGCAACAUUAUCAAUAUAUCAAGCAUAGCGGCGUUAAAGGUAUUGUCAAAGCAAGCCUUUACAUAUAAUGCUUCAAAAGCAGCUUUGGAUCAUUUCACCAGAUCAGUUGCAUCUGAACUGGCAUCAUACGGAGUUCGUGUCAAUGUUGUGAGUCCUGGACCAGUGAGGACGGAUUUUAUAGAAAAUUUAGGUUUGGACAAAGCCCAGCAAGAAGCCGCUUUUGAUCACAUGCGGAAGAUGACGGCACUGGAUCGUGUCUCAGAUCCAGAGGAAAUAGCUGAUUUAGUUUUGUUUUUAGCUAGUGACAAAGCUAAGGGCAUCACUGGUGCGACUUUUGUGUCUGAUAAUGGAUCAAUGGUAAUAGCUGACUAGAUUAAAUUUUGAAAAAAAAAA